UGAACUUUUAAACUUUUAUUUCAGAAAAAGUGAGGCAGUCCAAGCUCUCCCGAAGCCUAGUUUAGCUCUGAACUGUGUCAGUGGACGCAGCGGAACAGAGAUCUUGCGGCAGUUGUCACCCCAAGGUGUUAUGGUCACUUAUGGCGGAAUGUCAAGAAAGCCUGUCACUGUUCCCGUUGGUUCCCUGAUCUUCUCCGAUGUGACUCUGAAGGGAUUUUGGAUGACACGCUGGAACAAGAAUCAUUUCAGUCACCCAGAACGAGAGAACAUGUUAAAUAAACUUUUUGACUUAGUGAAGCAGGGUAGGCUGUGUCCACCUGAUCAUGCAAUGGUCCAGUUUGAGGAUUAUAAAACUGCUUUAAAAGAUGCAAUGCCAAGUGAUGGUAUGGUUGGUAAAAAACAAAUACUAGUCUUUCAGUAGAUAAUGAUUGAUUGAUUUUGUUGUGCAAGAGAUUAAAAAGUAAUAUUGACUGUUUUAAAACUAUAUACUGAACAGGAUAUCUACUUGAAUAUACGGUUGCAUAUGUUAAAGGGGAAUGACUGCUAAUAUCCUCAUGUAUAUAAUGUUCUGGAAGCAAUAUAUUUAUUUUAUGACUA